CCCGGGCGAGGUUUAGGGAAGAAUGGAACGUCAGGCAUCGCUUGAGCGUCCAAGCAGCUUGGUUGAGAAGGAGGAUGUGGACACCUCCGAUAACAGCUCCAUCCUGAAAUCCAUCACCUUCGAGAGUGAGAGCAACACUUUUCCCAAGAUCGGGAAACCCCGCACAUCGUCCACUUCGUCGAGGAGGUCGUUAUCUCCCUCUCCUCCUUCCCCAGUCAAGAAACCCGUCCCCAGACGCGGAAGCAGAUCUAUUGGACUUACGCUGAACCUCUCUGACAAGUUCGUCACAGAACUGACGCUACACGACCCUUGUGUCGGGGCGGUGAAGGGUACUGCCAUUUCCCUGGGUGUCUUCUUGGCUACAGACCAGGUGAUGGGUGACCACUUCAUCUACAAGGUGUCUCCAGUUUCCCCACUUGCCGUUCUCAAGUUUAAGCCUCAGGACAGACUACUGAAGAUCAAUGAUAUCAGCCUGGCUGGCUGGUCCCAUAACUGCUUGCUUGACUAUGUGAGGAACCUGCCUUUCACUUGCGUCCCUGCUCACCUCACCUCCGAUGCUGUGAUCGACAUACAAAUCGUAAUGGAAGUACGACGAUCUGUAAAGAAUGUUCGAUCAGGAGAUGAGGCUCCUGUGAGCAAGCGGCUUGACUUCAAUUUAAGGCUAAAAAGAAAACGAGCCACGGUGACGUGGGUACAGGAGAGAGAGACGAAGGUACAAUACAGAGAAACACAAGCAAGAAAACUGAAACUUAAGGGAGACACACCUCUCUACCUUACCACCUCCUUUCACCCUGACACCACCAUUACUAAACUCAGUGUGGGCGUCCAGGAGGAGAACUCCGAGAGUGCAGUAAGCUUCCAUAUGCACUCGUUCGACAUGGUGCCAUCUCUCGGGGAAGGAGUUGAGGUAGUGGUGCUGGAGGCUGCUGCUAGCGAAGUCUACCUCCACGCUGUCUCGAACACCCAGCUAGCUCUUAUGCAGGGCGUGACGUCAGACGUGAAGCGGCUCACCCAAGCUGAUGUGAGAUUCUUCUUCCUCGAGAGUGUCGCUGGCAGCAGCCUUUUCACUCUCAAGAGUUUUCACACAGGUGGCUUCGUGUCUGCAACACCAGAUGGAGUCUCGCUGGUGGAGAAGAGAGACGGUAUCAAUUUACCCGAGAACACGCUGUUUGAGGUUCUGCCGGUCUAGCCUUAGAAACAUUCUUGUUGAUGAGGUCACCUCUGUGCCCUGGUUCAGAAGUCUAAACGCUGGAGGCUCAUCAUCUUUAUUAUGCGGGAAGAGUGGCUGAGAGGGUAGAGUUUCUGUUGUACUAGUAGCGAAUGGAGUAUCAAGUCUAUUUCAUUCCUUGCACUAAAUGACCCACAUGAGUUUAGCCCUUUAUGUAAAUCUAAUAAUAAUAAUAAGUAUUAUUAUUAUUAUUAUAUUUAAGGGAAGCUCUGAACCCACAGGGGGCCACGCAGCGCCGGUAAAAUGAGAGAUACUCAGGUUCAAUCCAAGGAACUGGAGGAUAGGGCCACUUCCUUGGAUUAAGAGCCCCUCACCUGUAUCACGGACCCUUCCUUGAGGAAUCGAAUAUGUGGUAAUGAGUAUAUAAGCACAUAAUGUUUAGUAGUAAUCGCGCUAUCUAUUGUCUUUUUGGGGAAGAUAAAAGCUAUUUUGAA